GACAGUUUGCAAACCAAGUGUAGUGGUAGUAGUGGUUAAAAAGCAAUAUGGCCGCUUGAUUGCUGGUCGUAGGCUGAGUAGACAAAGAACGCAGUUUCUCGUGAAAAUCGAGGCCGUGUCAAGUUUGUGUGUUUAGAUUUUUUCGGGCAUAAAAAUUGAGUGAAACGAUCGUAGAAUGCUGGAGCUCGAGGUGGUGCCCGAAAGAUCCCUCGGCUGCGAGCAAUGGGAAUUUAUAUUAGGAAUGCAUUUCUCUCAGUCUGUAUCUAUCAUACAGUCUCAAGUGGGCAUUAUUAGAGGAGUACAGGUCCUCUACAGUGAUGUUAAUCCGUUAGAAGUAGAUUUAGUAAUUAAUUUGCCACACGAUGGUGUACGACUUAUUUUUGAUCCCGUUGUGCAAAGGCUCAAGAUUAUUGAAAUUUACAAUAUGAAAUUAGUUAAACUUAAAUACUGUGGAUUGGCUUUCAAUUCUCCUGAAGUUUUGCCUUCGAUUGAACAGAUCGAACAUUCAUUUGGCGCAACACAUCCAGGUGUCUAUGACAGUGAUAAACAGGUCUUCGUGCUGAACUUCCGAGGCUUGUCCUUCUAUUUUCCAAUGGACUCAAAAUUCCAACCGGGCUAUGCCCAUGGUCUUGGGUCGCUACAAUUUCCAAAUGGAACGUCUCCUUUAGUCGCUAAAACUGCCAUUUACAUGGGAAAUAUGGCUGCUGGAGGCACUGGAAGUGAAGAACACAAUUUAAAAGCUCCACCUCCACCUUUGCCUCUCGUUUGUUAUCACAAUAAUUUGUACCUAGAAAAAGCCGAAGUUGUCAGGGACAAAACACAAACUCGUGGCCUGAAAUUGCACCUUUUCACAGAAGGCAGUUCUGCUACAAGAGUUCUUCUCGAGCCUAAAAAGCAUUGCCUAACAAAAGAGGUCUGGUUUGGCGACACUUGUGAAGAUGUUUUGAGUGCUCUUGGAGCACCGUCUCGUGUUUUCUUCAAAGCUGAAGAUAAAAUGAGAAUUCACAGUCCUCAUGCGCAUAAGCGGGAUAAAGUUAGAAGAUCUGAUUUUUUCUACAAUUAUUUUACGCUGGGAUUGGAUGUAUUGUUCGAUGCAAAGACCCAGUGUGUUAAAAAAUUCGUUUUACAUACAAAUUACCCAGGGCAUUAUAAUUUCAACAUGUAUCACCGCUGUGAGUUCGUUCUCUCCUUACCCCCAGAAAGUAGUUCCGUGGAUUCUGGGAAACUCAUCGACGUCACCCCAACUCCUGUUACUAUCACUGCCUAUACAAAAUGGGACAGAGUAAGCGAGCAACUAAAUGCAAGCGCUCGACCGGUCGUUCUAAAUCGCUCGUCUUCUACAAAUACCACAAAUCCGUUUGGUUGCACAUUCUGUUACGGAAUUCGAGAUGCCAUUGUAGAAGUUAUGGCAAAUCAACACAUUGCGAGUGUGACCCUAUACACUACCGCGUGACCUUCGUAAGCAGUUUGCAACUCGACGAAAACAAAGCACCUCUUUGCGGUGCAAAGAAAAA